CUGUCAGCCGGUUGGUCCGGCGCCGGGGUCCGCGGUGAACCCGCCGGGACGGAGCCCGCUUUCUGUCUUUGUGUCCUCUGAACGCCCGUUCUCGGAGGAGCGGCCUCCAGGGAGCGGCGCGGCUGGCGCAGGGGCUGGGACGGAGGGGGGCCCGGCUGGCAGCGGGAGGCGCAGGCCUCAGAGCGGCACGGCUGCGAGACCCGCUGCUUUGAUGAAAACGAGUGGAGUCCCUUCGAUUAGAGUCGGGUUGUGGCGUUAAGUACAGCCCGGUGUCAGAUUUGACACUCGUAUCUGUGUUAUCGUUGCGGGGGGCAAACCCAACUGUAUUUCUCGUGGAAAGGCAGCCGUUCUGGUUAUUCUUAUAGUCUGCAACAUCCAUCUCUAUUUUCAUCUUCCUGCAGGCAUGUAAGAACUACCAUGACUUGUGGGUAUUGCAGCCGAAGUAAACUUACAUUUUUAGAAUGGGGAAUAGUGUGCCUACUUCUGUAAGAUUGUCUAACGACGCUGCUGUGAAUCAAAUACAGGAGGUAAUUUCAAAUAACUGUGUGGUGAUUUUCUCUAAAACAACAUGCUCCUACUGCAAAAUGGCAAAAAAACUUUUUGAGGAUAUGAAUGUAAAUUACACAGCUGUAGAACUGGAUAUGAAUACAAAUGGAAGUCAGUUCCAAGACAUUCUUGAACAGAUGACUGGUGGCAGAACAGUCCCAAGAGUGUUUGUCAAUGGGACUUUUGUUGGAGGUGCUACAGACACUCAGAGGCUUCAUGAGGAAGGCAAACUGCUUCCAUUAGUUCAUCAAUGUCAAGUGAAAAGAAAAUCCUGAACAGCCUUAGUCUUCCUUUGUAUAAUCAGAAUUUCAGACAAGUUAGAAGAUCACAAAGAUACCCUGCAUCAGCUGGACUCAACAACUUCAACCCAUGAAUCAUGGAUCAUUCUCUGACACAGAUUUUAUGGACUUGGCAAAUUACUUGGUGUCCUUGCCUCAGCUUUAUCACAACCAAAAUGGUGAUAAAAAACAUUAUGUAACUCUUGGGCUCCAAGUGUGGUAUAGUGAUCUUAUUUUAUUGCUAUUACAUCCUGAUACUAUGCUUUGGAGAAGUACAGACUGUACAAGAAGAAUGCUGGAGGUUUUUCGCUGCAAAUUAUUUUGCUUUCUAGCUUUGUUCUGACAAUUACAAUAAAUGGUCAGUUUAAUGGUUCCUUUAAAUUGAAUUUUUCUCUGAAUGCCAAAUUGUAAUGAUGAAGAAAGUAUGAAGCAAAAGAAUGUUGUAGUGAUAUUGCUGUAUGCGUGUCUGAUCACCUGGCUACCAAAUUGUGUGUCUGGCUGCUACAGAAAAGGGAAUAAAAAUUCUUGCAGCUUUAGAGGGGUAGGUGAUUGCUUUCAUCUUUGCUCUGCACUGUGAAGUAUCAGUCUAUACAGUGUCAUUCAUGAAUGUCCUCCGGGAACCAGACAGCUCGCUGUCAUCAAACUGUGCAGCUACAAACUAUGGUAUGAUCAAUCCAACACUAUUACAAAACUUAAGACCAAGUAAAAUGGGUCUAAUAUGCAUAGAGUUUAUUUAGUACUUAAAUUCUACAGUCAG